UCUCCAUGACGUUUCACGUCGAACCUCACGUUGGACUACUAAAUCCAAGCAGCGGAGACGUAGCAGGAACCAAAGUGAAGUUAUUCUCAAUAAUCGUGAUUUAACAAGGUAACCGAACUAUGGCCCUCGUCCAAGUGUCAUCCAACAAAUGCAGUGGCGGCUACCAGAAGGUGUUCGAGCAUGACAGCACUGAGCUGAAGUGUAAAAUGAAGGUCGCUGUCUACCUGCCUCCUAAAGCUGAGAAUGAGAAGUGUCCCGUGUUCUACUGGCUCUCUGGGUUGACAUGCACAGAGCAGAACUUCAUCACCAAGGCUGGCAGUCAGCAGGCGGCUUCUGAGCACGGCAUCAUCAUCGUCGCCCCAGACACCAGCCCACGUGGUUGUAACAUCGAGGGUGAAGAUGAGAGUUGGGACUUUGGCACGGGGGCUGGUUUCUAUGUUAACGCCACCCAGGAGCCCUGGAAGACCAACUACUGCAUGUACACCUAUGUCACUGAGGAGCUCCCUCGUUUGAUCAACACUAACUUCCCUGCUGACCCAGAGAAGAUGUCCAUCUCCGGCCACUCUAUGGGGGGACACGGAGCCCUCAUCUGCGCCCUGAAGAACCCUGGAAAAUACAAGGCUGUUUCUGCGUUUGCCCCCAUCUGUAACCCCAUCCAGUGUGCCUGGGGUCAGAAGGCCUUCUCUGGGUACCUAGGAGAAGACAAGAAGACCUGGGAGGCGUAUGAUGCCACGGUACUGGCAGCGUCAUACUCCGGCCCACAGCUGGACAUCCUGAUCGACCAGGGUCGUGAUGACCAGUUUCUGUCGGCCAGCCAGCUGCUUCCUGACAACUUGAUCGCCGCCUGCUCAGAAAAGAAGAUUCCUGUUGUGUUCAGGCUGCAGCCGGGCUACGACCACAGCUACUUCUUCAUCUAUUCCUUCAUCACCGACCACAUCAAGCACCACGCCAAGUUUCUCAACGCUUAAGACUGACUGCUGGACCAGAACCCUCUUCUGUGCUUUCUACCCCCAACUGUGCACCUGGUAUUGUCCACCUGUCCCAUCCAGAGAGGCCGAGCUAAAAUUAACCUGAUGCGCCUUGUGAGCUGAAAUGAACACGGCAGGGUAGCCUAGCAGCAGGGUAGCCUAGCGGUUAGAGCGUUGGACUAGUAACCGGAAGGUUGCAAGUUCAAACCCUCGAGCUGACAAGGUACAAAUCUGUCGUUCUGCCCCUGAACAGGCAGUUAACCCACUGUUCCUAGGCCGUCAUUGAAAAUAAGAAUUUGUUCUUAACUGACUUGCCUAGUUAAAUAAAGGUAAAAAAAAACAAACACACUUGCUAUGUUGAGUCAACCUCAGAACAGACAAUAGUGGGGCCAGGAUGUUUGGUGUUAAGAGGAGCUUGCUUGCGAAUCAUGUGGUUACUCCAACUGUAUUUCUGAAAUAAAGGUUCAGUUAUUA